AUGUCCUCCCAGACUAUGAAAGCUUUCAGGCUUGUGGCAUGGGGCCAACCGGCUCAAUUUGUCACGGUACCUAAGCCUGUUCCUGGACCUGGUGACAUUCUGGUUCGAAUGAAAGCGGCGGGACUCUGCCGAUCUGAUCUCGACAUGGUCGACAGCCAAUCGGGCUCAGGUCCCUACGCAAAUGCGCUCGAUCCGGGGUUCAUACUCGGCCACGAAAAUGCAGGAUAUGUCGCCGAGCUAGGCGUGGGCGUUAAUGACCUCGAGGUUGGAGAAGCUGUCGUUGUACAUCAUAUUAGGCACUGCUCGAACUGCGAAUACUGUACGACUGGCGUAGAGAACCACUGCGAGGCAUACAAGCGAGGUGCUAUCUCCACGACUAGGGGCUGUGGUGUUGAUGGUGGGCUGGCGGAAUAUUUGCUAGUGCCUCGAAACGAGGUCAUCUCCAUUGGCGAUGCCGAUCCCGUUUUGUAUGCUCCGCUCACUGAUGCUGCAGUCACAGCAUACCACGCGAUUCAGACAGCGGUCGAGAGGCUGAAACCUGGCACGAGUGCGGCCAUCAUCGGUAUUGGUGGACUAGGGUCAUACGGAGUGCAAUUUAUCAAAUUAUUGACAUCGGCCGAUGUCAUCGCCAUUGACACGGCCCAGAAACGCCUCGAGGUGGCCCGCGAACUUGGCGCAGAUCAUGCGGUUCUCUUCGAGAACGACGGCGACACUGCUCAGGAUGAGAUCAUGACGCUUACCAACAACAGGGGCAUAGAUGUCACCGUCGAUUUAGUUGGCACUUCUGCGACGUUGCAACUUGCUGCGAGGAUAUCCCGCCCCCAAGGCCGGAUCGUGCUUGUUGGCCUGGAGGGCGGAUCGCUGUCCGUGGGCUGGGGUUUACUAACUACCGGUUGCGAGUUUGUAAUUAGUCUGGCAAGCACUCGUCAGGAACUCAGGGAGGUGUGUGAGCUUCACAAGCGCGGCAAAUUGAGAACUGACAUCCAGAAAUUCGCCUUCAAUGAUGUCCAAAAAGCAUAUGAUGAACUCAGAGCUGGCAGAUUGACUGGGAGAGCAGUUGUGGUUUUUCCUUGA